AGACGCUCCAACCUAUGAAGAUACCUGGAAUUGAAGAAGCGAGGAACGAGGCCUUCAGGCUGGAGGUCUUCGCGCUCUAUCGGAUGUGACAGAACCAAGAGCUACGACAAAUCAUGCAAGGGGGCUGCCGCGAUUUGAGAUCACAGUGCGCGGGGCUUGUACUUUCUUGGGCAUGCUCUCAGCCCUGCAAACUCGGGCCACAACGCCAAGAUUGGCACGGGCCGUCUAUUUAUCCGGUAAUGCCCUGUGUAGGGGCGGCGGGGUGGUACGGCACGUCUCGCGCGGCCAAUACCCAUGGUUUGUGGUGCUGUGAAGGGGUUUCACUGGAAAAAUCAGGGCAUGGUGCUGCGAGCCUGGUGCCGCGUCAACCAACGCCUGCAUCACAACGGCGAUCACCCCCACUGCGCUCGGGCCUGUGCCUUCGAAGUUGCGCGGGGGUAGGGAAGCGCUCCUCUGUUAGCACAUCUACGAAUGCAGCCUCGGUAAGAACGACCGCGAGUGUGCGCCGCCCGCGUACUCCGUGCACAAGGUCCCUUCAAUUAGAAACGGAUGAUCGUGUCGCUGACGUUCCCGAUACGUCCAAGUUGGGGCGGAAUCACGAGCAUUGCUUCAACUCAUUCGUUAUCGCACACAUAAAGCUAGCUACAGCUAUCUCGUUGUCCUAUGGCUAACAUCAAGGGGGGCUUUCUAGCGACCUACAUAUAGCGAGUUCCGGUACGAUAGUACGGAU